AUGGAGAUAGGAAGCCAAUUUCAGAAGGUGCAUCUCCUUGCAUUUGGAGGCAUGUCCUUCAUCUACCAGGUCGGCCCUGGUAUUGUGGUCAAAGUCCCACGCAACGAUGAUUUUGCGAGAGAACAAUUUCUUAACGAAAUUCAGAUCUAUAAAGCUUUCUCCCAACAUGCAGCCUGCGAAUUUAUUGUGCAGUGUUUCUACUCUACGGACGGCGGGAUCUUCCUUGAGCAUAUGAGAAAUGGAUGUCUUUCCGCGCGUAUCCAACAGAAUCACACGUUCGACCGCACAACCUGGCUGGUUACCCAUGUGGAUAGAUUGGAACCGCUGUAUCUACGACUCGCAUGGAUGAAUGAUGUUACCCAAGCCAUCGCUUUCCUGGAAUCGCUUAAUCUCGCCCACGGUGAUCUCCGACCAGGGAAUAUUGUCCUCGACGGCGACAGAAUCAAGGUGACGGAUUUUGACAAUUCAGCAGCGUUUGGGACACCGGUCAUGAUCUGCCACGAGCCGUGGAGAAGGGAGCUGAGGGCGGACGAAGGUGAUUAUAACGUGCCUGGUUGUAUAGGCGGGCUACUGGGACCUCGGACCGAGCAAUUUGCCCUUGGCUCCAUAUACUAUUUCAUCAACUACGGCAUGGAAGUGUAUGGAUUUAAGAGUCUCACGGACAAUUCGCGUGACCGUUAUCUGGCGCUCAGGGAUUUACUGCAGGCCAUGCAGUUACCAGACUUGGACUCUGAUCUAAUGAUCGACGAACUGAUUCAUAAGUGCUGGCAUAACCAGUUUCCCACCAUUGCAAGCUUAGCCGUGGCUACGAAGGCAUUGUUCACCCAGAGAUGUAGCGGGGAAGAAAGCAACGCCGUCAAAGAGGGAACCAACAUCAAGCAAGCGAUAGACGGAGGCGAGUCAGAUGGCAAUAGCCCCAUCGGCAAGACUGCCGGCAACCUAACCGGAUGCGGCGCUUCAGAAAAGGAAUUUUGUCAAGACUUGGAGAAACAUGGACUCUUUGACUUCCUUCGCUCGAAGUGA